UUGCGCCAAAAUGUCAUUACCCCUUGAGAGACAUAUCUCCUCACUACCCCCCUCCCAUCCUUUCACCAAAAUCCCUACCCAUAAUUUUCUCCUAUUUUUAGGCUGUCUCAACUUCCUCUCCAAAAACAAAAUUUCUGCUGUCCGCAAUAUCUCCCUCAAAAACCGCUACCAACUUUCCCCAUCAUUUUCUUCUCCAAUUUCAAUUGAUCCGUUGAAACCUGAAGGAGGGCAGGAACAACCAAAAUUGUCUAGUGAUCCGCGUGAGGCACUUGCUCAAAUACUUAAUAGAAAUCAUAAUAAAUUAAACAAUUAA